AUCCAGUCUGAGGACCAGAAACACUCAGAUAUCCAUGAUGCUUGUGCGCAGGACGGCCACCUCGUAGGUAUAUAAAUGCCCACAGGAGUUCAAAUGUUCCUUUACAGCCUUCUCUUGACACCUCGAAUUUCCGAAGGCUGGGUUUCUCGCCUCUCGGCCCUUCAAAUUCAAAACUCUCGCUCCGUCAAGAGCUGGAUACAAUUCUUGCCUCGCCCCAGCAAGCAUACCGAUUCACACAAUUUCAGUCCGUUCUUUCAAAAAUUCGCACAUCCUAAUAUCGAAAUCGCAAAAGUGUCAAUCAAUCGCUUCUCUUCAUCACCUGUAUUCCAUCGUAUCCGUCGCACUCGUUCACACCAGGACUCGAAGCAGACAACAUGGACCUUUGUUUCCUUCCCUCGCUCGGUUUCAUCGCAAACAUGCCGAUUAUUCCGUCACAACGACGGCUGAGCGGAUACCGCUUCUUCCCUCCCUUGGAGGACGAGCACGAGCACGGGCUGUCAAGACCGAGAGGCGCCGAGAAUGAGGUCAC